AUGGAUUAUAGCGGUCACUUUGAAGUGAAAGUACACACCACUAGGAAUUCUCAAAAGCUUAAGUCAUACCUCUGCCUAUUUGUUUGCUUUACCACAAAAGCGGUGCACUUGGAAGUUGUAACUGAUCUCUCAGUGGACUCAUUCAUUGCUGCUCUUAAAAGAUUUGUUUCUCGUCGUGGACUUUGUGCUCACCUAUACUCUGAUUGUGGAACGAACUAUGUCGGUGCCUCCAAGCAACUGAAUAAGACCUUCCAGAAUUUCAUUGAUGAAAGGAAUACUCAAGAUGCUCUCACUAACUUCGCCCUCGAUCAUUCAAUUAAUUUUCAUUUCCAACCACCAGCCGCGCCUCACCAAGGAGGCCUUUGGGAGAGUGCCAUAAAGAGCUCAAAGUGCCACCUCAAGAGAGUAAUUGGAGAUCAAAUUCUAACACUAAUGGAGCUGAUAACCCUUGUCACGCAGGUGGAAGCAGUAUUGAACUCUCGUCCACUAACAGCUCUAUCAGCAGAUCCAUCUGACAUCACAGCACUCACCCCAGGUCAUUUUCUCAUCGGGACAUCUCUUGUUGCAGUACCUGAAGUAAAUGUAUCCGAUAUUCCUGACAAUCGACUAAAGCAUUGGCAAACAGUUCAGGCUCUACAUCAACGCUUCUGGAGAAGGUGGCACCAAGAGUAUUUGCACCAGCUUCAACAAAGGAAAAAGUGGAUAAAGCCAAACAAGAAUCUUGAAGUAGGCGAUUUAGUCAUUAUCCAUGACCCAAAAACACCACCACUUCUCUGGCCUCUUGGUCGCAUUGUGAAGACAUCACCUGGAGCAGAUGGCAUCGUUCGAGUUGUCUCCAUCAAGACUUCGAGAGGAAUCUUCUGUCGCCCUGCUACCAAGGUGUACCCGCUCCCCUAA